CAUGACUCCCCUCUCUUGUCCCCUCAGUGCAUGAGGCUGGUGUUUGCCCAAGAGACCCCCAGCGCCUGCUCUGACGCCCGAGGCAGCGCCGGGAGCCAUGUCGGGUUCCUAUGACGAGUCAGCAUCAGCCGCCGAGGAAACAACCGACAGCUUCUGGGAGGUGGGGAACUACAAGCGCACGGUGAAGCGGAUCGAUGAUGGACACCGGCUCUGCAAUGACCUCAUGAACUGCGUGCAUGAGCGGGCCAAGAUCGAGAAGUCCUAUGCCCAGCAGCUCACCGACUGGUCCAAGCGGUGGAGGCAGCUCAUCGAGAAAGGUCCCCAGUAUGGCAGCCUGGAGAAGGCAUGGGCCGCGAUCAUGACGGAGGCGGACAAGGUGAGCGAGCUGCACCAGGAGGUGAAGAAUAGCCUCCUGAACGACGACUUUGAGAAGGUCAAGAACUGGCAGAAGGACGCCUACCACAAGCAGAUCAUGGGGGGCUUCAAGGAGGCCAAGGAGGCUGAGGAUGGCUUCCGGAAAGCCCAGAAGCCCUGGGCCAAGAAGCUCAAGGAGCUGGAGACAGCCAAGAAAGCCUAUCACCUGGCAUGCAAGGAGGAGAAGCUGGCCAUGACCCGUGAAGCCAACAGCAAGGCGGAUCAGUCCAACACUCCUGAGCAGCAGAAGAAGCUCCAGGACAAAGUGGAAAAGUGCAAGCAAGAUGUGCAAAAGACUCAGGAGAAGUACGAGAAGGUGCUGGAUGAGCUGAACAAGUGCACCCCGCAGUACAUCGAGAGCAUGGAGCAGGUCUUUGAGCAGUGCCAGCAGUUUGAGGAAAAGAGGCUCAACUUCCUCAAGGAAAUGCUCCUGGACAUCAAGAGGCACCUGAACCUGGCCGAGAGCAGCAGCUACGCCAACGUGUACCGGGAGCUGGAGCAGACCAUCCGCAUGUCGGACGCACAGGAGGACCUCCGGUGGUUCCGCAGCACCAGUGGCCCUGGGAUGCCCAUGAACUGGCCCCAGUUUGAGGAGUGGAACCCAGACCUGACGCACACGAUAACACGGAAGGAGAAGCAGAAGAAGGGCGAGGGGGUGGCCCUGACCAAUGCCAGCAGUGCGGGUGACACGGGGGCUCAGGCAGGCGAGCGCGGGAGCGUGAGCAGCCAUGACCGUGGGCAGACCUACAGCGCCGAGUGGUCCGAUGACGAGGGCAGCAACUCCUUCAACACCAGCGAGGCCAAUGGCGGCGCCAACCCCUUUGACGAGGAGUCGGCGGGAAAGGGCGUGAGGGUGCGGGCUCUGUACGACUACGAUGGGCAGGAGCAGGAUGAGCUCAGCUUCAAAGCAGGUGAUGAACUAACCAAACUUGGUGAGGAAGACGAGCAGGGGUGGUGCAAAGGGCGCUUGGACAACGGGCAGCUGGGGCUGUACCCCGCCAACUACGUGGAGGCAAUCUAAGUCUUGUGAUGUGCUCCUCGUCACCGUCAGCAGAUAACUCCACCCUCCGUUGUCUCCAUCUCUCCACCAGCCAACCAGCCAUUCUGCCGUCUGGUCCUUCACCCCUCACCCUUAGAGAUUCAGACAUAUUUUCCGACCAAGCUUUUAUUUUUUUAAGAGUUGUCUCCGAAGAGUAUUUUGCAUAGUCGCUUUCUUCUAAGAUAACGUGAAGCGAAAGAUGACGUUGUCCGUUCGUCUACGUUAGUUGAAUUUAUUUUUUUUUCUGAGCGAAAAGCUGAUACCUCAAGAUCUUAAAGCCCAACCAGUGAGACCUCCUGAUUGGUUGGUUUUUAAAGAUACUGAAAUCAUGAGCCGCCUUCUGAUUGGCUGGAACUGUUCUGAAACGCACGGCGCCGAAGUUCCUGGGACCAACCAAAUUCAUCCCAGAAAACCGAGAGGGAUUGGAGUCUGACUCCGUUGGGUUUUUUUUUGGGUGUUUCCAUGUUCUCCCCAGCUAUUCCUCCCGCCCCGAGGAAGGGGGUGAAUGCCCCCUUCAGCCCCGUGGCCAUCCUUGAGAUGCCCAGGUGAGGUGGGACCAGCCCCACCGUGGAGCUUGCUGGCAUCACUUCAGCUUCCUCCUCCUCCCGGCUGGGCUGUCAGCACACCUGGAGCAGGCGGAGGCUCCCGAGCCGAUGCCCAGUCUGUGCUGCAGGGAGCAGCAUCGCCCUUCGGGUGGGCAGGUAUCCAACGCACACCAGAUCCAGGUGAGAUGGCCCUAAAAUCCUCCAGAGAAGGACCUGCCAGGGCCCAGCGCUGUGGAAGCACCUUCACGCCCAGCCUGGGAUAGCGAGGACUGCCUUGGGCACUGCUGGGGAUGGUCCCCAUCCACCCUUUCCUGAAGAGAGGCAGGAGCAGAGCAGGGACGGGGGAUGAACAUCACCUGGCCUUGCAGGCUGCCGGCAGGAGCUGCAGCCAGAGCAGGAGGGCUCAGGAUACCCAGCCCAGGCAGAGCAGCUGCCUGGCAAAGAUGGCUGAAAACAAGACACAUCAAAGCAGAGGAAUGGCCGCAGGCUUUGCCCUUUGCUUGUCCCCACAGAGUUCUCCCCUUCCUCCCCCGGGCUCUGCCCCUGGUCCUGCAGCUCCUGUGGCUGCUGCCACCCAGCACGGCCACCCCCACCCCCUGCCUCGGGUACAUUUGCCAUCCCGAGCUCUUCCCUACAGAUCAUCUCUCAUUCCUUUCCAUACCAUUACCCUUAGCAGCACCAAUGCCAUCGGCUUCCCGCACGCUCCUCCUGCUCCUAUCCUGCCCCCUCCGUUGGUUUGUGAAUUUUUUGGCCCCAGGGAUCCGGUGUUCUUGUGGAAGCAGGGGAAGCACCGUGUGCUGGGCACAGUGGGUGGGAGCCAUCCCGGCCCCUGCCAGGUACCGGAAAAAAAACCACAAAGUCAGAAAAGACCCGACCAACCACCUGUCUCAGCAAUGCACCCCGGUUUUUGUACAUUGAUUGUGUAAUUUAAGAAGUAUAUAUAUAAUAUAUAUAUCUCUCGUGAUUGUAUUUCCGUGGAUACAACAACAAAAAGCAGCAAGAGAAAAAUAACCAAGCUCUGUCAGCGUCCUUG